CUUGUCAGCCAUUGUCAGUUGUCAUAAUAGGUUUUAUGACACAUUUCACACGUCCUUGUUAACAACAAAUGGGAUAAAUUCUCGUGGUGAAGUGCUCGAAGUUAUUUGAAUUUUGAUAAGAUCCCUGAACUGGAGUAUUAAAAAUGUCUUCACUUGUUGAAUUACGUCCAAACCGGCGUCUAUUAGAUCAUGAUUUCGAAGGAUACAAACUAAACUUGCAAGCCUUACCACAUUUCUCGCACGAACUCCUUGCUCCUGUGGACAGAGUGUACCCAGACGAGACUCAGUACUCUUUUAUACAUGCGAAACUUUUUGCGCUACACAACCACCUGGUCCUCGACUACUGGGACUAUUCAUUGAAUUAUUACUACAUAGAUAAAAAGCAGCAGGUACGUCAUGUCACCUUUGAAAACACCAAUCAAACAUUUCAGAAUGAUGUCGUAUACGAUAUCCCCGCACAUGAAGAGAGAAAGUCAGGACAUUUUAACUUGUGUUUAGCAUUUCCUUCUAACAAUUUGGCUGUAGUUAGUGAUGGGACUGGAUACUUGCAUAUUGUAGACACUGGCCCAAGAAACAGGCCGGCGGGAAGGAAUCAGAUGUGGCAGACACUUGAAUCUAGCCUAAUUCUAGGAGAAGGGAAAUACUUUGUCAUAGUGGACACCAGGAUACAAGAAAAAGACAGUGUUGAGACAUUGCACUGCCUUGUGCAAUCAGUUGAACAGAUAGAAUCACAUUUCAACUCUGUUCUGACUUGGGUCACUUUUGACAAUGAAGGCCAGGGCUGGAAACAAAUGUCUUUUAGACAAAUUCAGGGUAAAGAGGUUGUGCACUAUGCUGCCAUUGAGACUAGCUGUACAGCACUGUAUAUAGCUUCAGACAAUAUAUUCAAGUUCACAUCAGAUUCUGAGAAAGAAAUCACAGUACCUUCAAAAGAAGCAAGCAAAUCAGUAAUAUACACAUGGCUCCAGACAUCAGAAGACAUAACUAUAACAUUAAAGCUUGAAUCAAACUUCAACAGAAACCUACUAAUUGUGAGUGUGACUCCACUACUCAUCAAAGUCAGCUAUGCAGGGAAAACAUUUGUUGAUGGCAAGUUAUCACAAAAACUUGAUUCAGAGUUAACAACAUGGAAUGUACAAGAUGAUGGUCAAGUGGAUAUCUUGCUGACUAAAUCUGAGAGUAUGAUGUGGGAAGAAUUGUUAGAAGGUGGGGAUGCAAAUGGGGAACAGAUCAUGGAUGCCAGUGUGGUGGAGGAGGCUCACAGGCGGCUGGCUCACUUGUGUGCUGAAACUGAGGUGCCUGCUGAUUCUACUGUGCCUGGACUGUCACACUGUGCACAGGACUUAGAGGAGUGUGAUGCAGCUUCUGAAGCAGACACAGUUUUAGUCAGAUUGGAUGCCACUACUCACAGUGUGACACACAGAGCUCCACUGAGUGUCCACCAAUUCCUCUUCAGCAUCAAGAUUGAAACUCAAGAAGCACCUGCCCUGGCUCUCAGACAUGAUGUGGAUGCCUGUGUGUGGCAGCCCUAUGCUCAGCUCAUCAACUCCAACACCUGGCCACUAAAGCAUCAGGGAUCACUCAGUGCAUUUGGUUAUGUACAGUCAUCAAAACAAAAUAGAAAAUUUGUCACUUGUCCACCAAACUUUUCUUAUAGUGUUGUGUGUGAGGCUUCCAGACAUGUGUUCAUAUACCAGAGCAAUAGUAACCAGGACUGCCAACUCAGGAAAAGGACAGCAGGUGCAAUGAAGAACAUAAAAAUUGGCCAACAACAUGUGUUCAAUAUUGACAAAUAUGGAGAAGUAUUAGGAAUUAAUGCAACCAAUGAGUAUUUGUUCAUCCUAACAGAAAAGCACUUGGUUGCAAUACAGAUACAAUAAAAAAUGUGUGUCAUAAUGA